AUGGAUGACAAUGAUUUCGUGACUGAGCUUCUCACUGACUCGAUGGAACGAAGUAAUGACGACGAAGCUGUUCCUCACAAGGACAUCGUGUCUCCCAACAAAACCAGAAGCCACACAACCAGCAGCAACAAGAUGAUAUUGGACUUGACCACGACGGCAACCCCACAGCCGCUAUCUCAAAAGCGACCAGUGUCUCCAGUAGCUGAGAUUGACGUGCUUCCAGCGUCAAAGAAGCGAGCAGUUGAGGUCACCCCCGACAACAACCACAGCUCUGCUGUUGUAGUCAUCAAGCAAGUAACAAACCCACUCGCAGAUGUGGAAAAGGCUGCCCGAAAAGCUCUCAGCUGUCCCAACAAUCCAUUGAAGGAAUGGAAGAAACUAGAACGUCUCAUGAUGAAUACAUGUAGCGAAGGACAGAAACAUGCAUUUGGUUCCCUCAUGGCGGCUGGCAUCACCGUAGACUACUUAGCGGAAAACAUGCUGCCACUUCCUCUAGAUCGAGAGCUGCAGGAGUUGGGAAUAGUCUUGAUCGGAAAACUCGUCAAUCACGUCCCUUCUGCGUAUCAAUCGACAGCUGCUACUACGGCUGUCACCACGGCAAUGACGAUACACGACAAGUCAGGCCGGAUUCAAAACUCCGGGUUGCCGACUCUACGACAGUGGGCUCGUCGUUGCCGUCAAACGCGGCACGCAACGGCCGUCAUGGCCCAGGCCGUGGCAGGAAGCAUGGCGUAUGGCUUGGUCUCUGAGACUGGCCCCGAUCAAGCCAAACAAACCUUUCAGGAAAUGGGUGUGGAAACCUUUGCGAAUCUCCUCUCCAAUUUUCCUCAGGAACCCACCGUCCUUGAUGCUGCCAUUCAAGCUACAACUGCCGCAGCACGUGAAUAUCCCAAAAACUACAAGAUCGUAAAGGGAACCUUGGAUUUUCUCCUGUCCAUGGAAAUUAAUCGCUACAAUCGAACAAUGCUCCAAAAUCCAAACAGCAUGGAACUGCUCCUCAAGGUCAUGAACGCCCACCGGAAAAGUCGGAAGAUCCAGCUCGCUGGAAUGAAACUGUUGCUCGCCUUGGCCAAUCAUGAUAUGAAGGAAAUGACGGCGACCAGGGGCAGAGACGGUCCCUCAUCGGUGCAUCGGUUGGCGGAGGCGAUUGGAAAUGAAGAUCUUAUUCCCACAAGAGUGGCCAAGGAGGCAGCGAACUCUGGGUUUGUCCGUUCGAUUGUGGCCAACACGGCGGAUCCCGAGCUUGCAGAAGUGGCCUGUGGUCUCUUGGUUCACCUUUGUCACAGUCAUCGCCAAGCAGAAAUCAUUGGACGCGGUGGCGUUCCAGCCCUGAUGGACUCCAUGCGCUCGGAGGGAUCGGCGUCUCUCCAGAAGAAGGGAAAUGUCCAACUCUGUGCUCUGGAAGUGCUUGCUCAGUUGGCUCGCUUUGCUCCCAAGGCUGUCUCAAAAACAGUGUCUUUGCCAGAGAAUUUCCGGUGCAUCUUGACGGCUCUUCGUGCCGCCGAAGACGAAGAUGACACUGUCCAGUGGAAAGCUUGUCAGCUAUUGGAGCUGCUCAUGACCAAGUGCCCGAAUUCGUUUCCUCCCAAGGACGCCACCAAAAUGAUUGACGGAGUUCUGCGUACCUUGGCCCGACACACGCACAACGAACGCACCCAAGUCGCUGGAUUGAACGUUCUUGCCCUUUGGAUUGGGUCUGGCGCGUCCUCGCGACGUUCCAACAAUCGCAGCUACGUUCUGGAACACGGAGGGUUGGAAGCUACCGAGACUGCUACAAAGACGUUUGCGACCAGCUUCAAAGUGAUGACUGCGGUGAGCAACGUCUUGGAAGGUUUGAGCAGUCCCCAAGUAGAUGAUGUUGUUGAGGAUACUGAAGCCCAGGCGAACAACAACAAGAGGAAGUUUGAAGAAGUGUCGGUAUGGGUUGUCUGA